AUGGAACGGUCGAUAUCAGAUUAUCGCUCAAGGCAUCCAGUGCCGUCGUGUUUGAUUGACAGAAUCGUUCGAGGUACGCCCGGCACGUCCGAGCGGCGAUUCGUGUCGAAAGCUGGCGAGCGACUUCCUACGCUUUCUUCCUUCGGAUUAUGUUCAAUUCUCCAACUCUUGGUCAGCCUCAUGGCGCAGCUCUCUCUGGAGUCUUCACAUAGACUCGAACUUCUCCGGGCCGUCUCUUCGUCUUCUUCGUUGCUCCCGUAUCUGUUCUCCGUCCUCAACGGCGUCGCCAAAGUCAAACCAGAUUACGGAUGUCAGCCUGACCUGGUUGCCAGUAUCAUCACGGAUCUUCUACUUUCAGUGAUCUCAAAGGUAGCCAUGGAUUAUCCGGAGCUUAGUGAGGCAUUUAUGGGAAUAUGCGGGCGUGCAGGCCUCGUCGAGGCUAUCGAGGCUGCCUUCAUGCGAUUUCCACAGCGCUCCAUUCUUACACGCAUUUCUUCAAUCGCGGAGGCUCUUGUAGUCCUCAUCCAAAAGUCGCCGAAAGUACUCCCUAGUCUACGCACCCACUUCCCUCGUCCAAAGAUGGUUCGAGAAUGGCUCGUACUUAGCCGAAUCUCUCCCUCUGGAGGUAGAAACACCAGCAGCCAGGUAUCUUUGAAUGGGAGGUGGCAUUCCAUAGUGCACCUAGAAGCCAUCUGUCUCGUAGAUGGUCAAUGUAUGCGAAGAGGUUGUAGGCGGAGAUGGCGAGGCCAAUGUAAGGAUUGUCGCUCGACGAGAUACUGUGGCCGAAAGUGUCAGAAAGAAGAUUGGAGUGAACAUCGGGUCAUAUGCGGAUUUCUAUGUGACGGUCCUGACGACGAAGCCGAGCUUUUCGUUGAUCGCCGCAGACAACCACGAAGACUGCCUUUCCGCUAUGAUGACAACUCUCCCGGCGUCCGUGACACCACCGUUCAAUACAGGAUCUGCAUGCAUCGCCUAUCGACUUUCUAUUCAUGACAAGGACCAGCACCACGAGUCUAUCAGAGCUUGA